CGGAAUGGGGAAUCAUGCAGCCAUUAUAGCUGAAGGCUUAACUCGUGCGGUUUAUGGUACAAUACAAUUACAAAUAAGACCCUGCCCCUAACAUGGCAGCACCUCACCUCAAGCUUUCUCGCGUCCUUGGAUCCUGACAGCCGAUAACACUCUGCCAUAUCAUAUCAACCAAAGCAUGACCGCAACCAAAUUCACCUCCCUUCUUCCCCUCCUGGCCGUCACCUUGUAUGCCCUCCCCACCAUUAGCGCAUCCGGAACCCCGUCUUGGUUCGGACAGCACUGCCCGCCCCUCCCGCGCGGCGACAUCAUCGCGUCGGCCUACCAGCUCUACCCAGAAAACGCCGACUGGGACCCCGUCCUCUGCCGCGUCUGGCUGGGCGCCGUGUGGAACGCCACGGUCGUGCGCUACAACCCGUACGCCAACGCGGUCGAGGCCGUGCUCGAGUUCCCGGGCAUCUCGCACACGGGCGCGCUGCACAUCGGCGGCGUCGCGUGGGAUCCGUACUACUACAACAAAGCGAAAGGGAAGAAGGAGGGAAAGGAGGAGGAGGAGGGGAAAAGUAGGCAUGUCAUCAGCAUCCUGGCGAACUCGGCGCGCCCCUGGGCGACGGAAGGGCGCGACGUUACCGGGGAGAGGGGCCUGAUCAAGUAUGAUGUCAGCGGAGGGGAGGUACUGUGGGAGGUCAAUGUCACGGACGUGUCGAGGGACCUGUAUGGCGGGUUCCAGGACAUUGAGCACGACCGCUGGGGGAGGACAUACAUCGUGGGCACGUGGCCGGGCACCAUUCUCCGGGUCGAGAGGGACGGGAGGGGCCUGCGGGAGUGGCUUGUGCCCGACCCGCUGCCCGAGACCCCGCAGAAGGGGUACAGUGGGCUGGCUGUGGUGAGGGAGACCGGCGGGGAUACCAUGUUGGCUGUGGAUGGCGAUGGGCGGUUGUAUCGGUUUGAUUUGGCCGAGGAGCAGGACCGGGGCACGCCUGUAAAUGUGCCGAUACGGCCCGAGGUGCUGUACAACGAUACGGACGCCAUCUACCUGCCGCCCAUGUACGGCGGUAGAGUCCUGCUGGUCGCGAGUCUCUUCUCGGGCAUCCAGGUGUUGCGGAGCAAGGACCGGUCGUGGAAAACAGCCGAGUACUUGGGGACGAUUCCCAUUCCGACGGGGCAGCUGUAUGAGCGUGCGAACGUAGUUGUGGCCUCGGUACAGAUGGGAAGCUCGUCCGUUUACAUGGUCCUCGGCUGGAACGAUCCCUUGGUGCCCGGCAUCGUGCCCGGCAACAGGAUGCAGUUCCCUUUUCCGGACAUCACGGACAGGAUUGAAGAUCUACUGAGCAAGUGAAAAAUGGGUCGGGUUGAGUGGAUGGUUUGAUAGAGAGGUGCGAAAAUCCGGAGAUGAACCAGUCGGGAUUGCUUUGACUCGAUGAUACAAUGCAGAAUACCUACCUCUUCUUACCUUUGCUCGCAAGUCGGUUAAGUCAGUUGACCUUACCUUGCCCAAAGCCGAGCUUGAUUCUGCUUUCGAGGCAAGCCUUUGCACUCUGUUAGCU